AUGGUGCACAGCAAUGAGAUCAGCAUGAUCCCUGAGAAGGUGUUCAGUGAUUUACAUUCACUGCAGGUCUUAAAAAUGAGUUACAACAAGGUCAGAGUGCUCCAGCAGGAUGUAUUUUAUGGCCUGAACAGCUUGGUACGGCUGCAUAUGGACCACAAUCAAAUUGAAUUUGUGAAUCCCAAUGUUUUCUAUGGACUCACUUCCUUGAGGUUGGUGCACCUGGAUGGAAAUUUACUUCAGCAGCUACAUCCAGACACUUUUGUCACCUUGAGCUACAGUCAAAUAUUCAGAAUAUCCUUCCUGAAGCACAUCUCUCUGUCUGACAAUAUGCUGACUUCACUUCCACAAGAAAUGUUUUCUUACAUGUCAGAGCUCGAGAGCAUUUACCUCCAUGGAAACCCCUGGUCCUGUGAUUGCAGCCUGCAGGGAUUCGCAGAGUGGGCACAGGAGAGACCAGAUGUUAUAAAGUGCAGAAAAGAGAGAAGUUCCAGUGUCCAGCAAUGCCCAGUCUGUGCUAGUCCCAAAAGUCAUAAUGGGAAAGGUUUAGUGGAUCUUCCUUCUGCAUCCUUCACCUGCAGUAAGCCAGUCAUCCACGACUCGCUGAAAUCCAGAAACCUCACGGUGCCAGACGAUGGGGAUUUCAGUUUCGUGUCUCCCAAGGACUUGAUAGCUCCCAUAGGAUCCGUGGUUUUGAAUAUGACUGACCAAGCAGGAAAUCAAGGCAACUUGGUUUGCAAUGUCCAGAAACCUACAAAAAUGUCUCCCAUCUCACUUGACAAAAAUGGUCACAGCACCGUGCUCAAAACCUCGUUCUCAGCAUUCCUGGUGUGUGGUGUCGAUUAUGGACACAUCCAGCAGCUGUGGAGCAUCCUGGCACUGUACAGCAAUUCUCCUUUGAAACUGGAGCAAACUGUGCAGACAACUGACGUGCCUUCUAUUAGCUACAAAUACAAGCAGAUCUACAGUGAGAAAGAUGAACUUUUCACCAAUAUCGAGGCCGAGCUGCGAGCUGAGCCAGCCUGGCUGAUGCAGAGCACGGUGGCCCUGCAGCUGGACAGGACAGCCAGCACGCUCAGCACGCUGCACCUCCGCCUCUCCACCCACGCCCUGGUCACUCUGGCCAGCGAUGACCAGAGCCAGGUGAGACAUAACUGGGCCACCAUUGUCAGGGACAACAGCACCCAAACAGAGCACACUGUGCUGGUCGGGGGCACCGUGGAGCUGGGGUGCCAGGCAGCCGGGGAGCCAGCUCCUGCCGUGGAGUGGAUCUUGGCCGACGGCAGCAGAGUGCGAGCUCCUCACGUCAGCGAGGACGGGAGAAUCAUAGUCCUGGAAAGCGGGGCGCUGGCGCUGCGGGCAGCUGACGUGUUUGACACGGGGCUCUACCACUGCAUCAGCACCAACCACGCCGACGCCGACGCGCUCUCGUUCCGAAUUACGGUGCUGGAUCCUGGCGUGGAACGCGACGGGGUAAACGGAGCCCAGCUGUCGGCCGCUCUCGGCAGCACACUGCACCUUCCCUGCACAGCCACGGCUGCUCCGGACGCUGCCGUCACCUGGGUGUCCCCUGAGCACACAGUUCUUGCUCAGGCUGUAGGAAACAAGCUGAUCUUUGCCAACGGCACCUUGAGGAUACAAGGGGUGACGGAGCGAGACGCGGGCUACUUCCGAUGCGUUGUGGCCAACCGGUACGGUGCUGAUCUUUUGGUUUUCCGAGUGCUAACCAGACAGGAUGAAACUGCGCUGAGGAAAACGCAUGGAGCUGUGGAAGAGUGGGAAGAGGGCUCUGGCAAGGAACUGCUGCGCUCUGCUGCAGCACAGAGACAUCCCUCAGCCACUCCAGCCACCCUGACAGAUCCUGGGGAAUCCGCUGCAGCAGCAGCCAGCAGCCAGGGCACACGGAGCGCACGGCAGAGGAACAGCCACGGGAAAAGGCCUCACUGGCCCCACGGAGACAGAGCAGGCAGGAGGUUCAGGGGACACAGGAGACAGUUUGUUUCCUCAGGCAGGAGAGCUGAUCCACAGCGCUGGGCAGCCUUGCUGGAGAAAACAAGGAGGAACUUGACAGUGGCACACAAACGAGGAGAAGUUGGAACAGAACCACCCAUUCAAUCCCAUAAGCUCUCAGAGGUACCCGAGGAUGAGGAGGACACCUCUGGUGAUCUCAUAUCUCCAGAAGAAGAAUUCAUGAUACCAGCAACAGAGAGAUCCCCAGUAUUUGCUCUGGGGAGAGCAACAGAACUCACGAUCACUGCAGGGCCCGAGGAGACCGCGAAUCCCACUCACCACCAGGUCUCUGUGGCUACAGCCAACGAACCAAGUUCUGAAUUUGGCCCCAUUUAUCUUCAUAGUACUCAGACAGGAGGAACUCCUAAUCCACCACUUGUCUCCACUUUUACUACUCAUCAGCAAAUCUGGGUUAUCCAGGAUGUUCCAACUCAUCCACCCCAGCUCCAGCAGCACUAUGGAAGACGAAAGAAAAUCUCUGGUCGGAGACGAACUGUUAGACCAGGACGUAUCCCAAGUAUGAAAGAGCACCAACACAAUUCUGGGAGGCCAGGGUCUGCCAGAGGAAGUACAGCUAUGGCUACAGAUGUUCAGCUAAGUAUGAGCUAUGUAUCAAAUGUACCAACCUUAAAUAACUUAAGCAGUUCCAUCAAUCCAUUUAGGCCAGAAGCACCCCAGUCUUCUCCCUCUGCCCUGGAUAUGCCAUUGGAGCACCCAGUGGGUACCCAUCAAAACACAGCAUUCCUCGGGGAAGAGGAGAAGAAACACAGGGCAAGGCAGAAAGCUGCUACCACAGUCACAUCUGUCUCUGCAAAGGACACUGCCACUACUGCAACCAGUGCAUUGGCUGUAACGGGCUUGAAGCCAACAGCUACACUCGUUAUUACUCCUCAAACCGACACCAGAGUCACCAAAAAUAAAAUACUCCGAGUGGGAGGAAGGAGAGGUCAGAGGAGAAAGAGACCCCCUAAAACACCUGUCCCACAGCGUGUGGCUGCAGCCCACAGCAGUGCAGCCACCCCUGCAGCGAGCACAGCCACCCCCACGGUGGCAGCUCUUACCCCACCCGCUGCACCUCCGAGCCUCACACCUGCAACACCUCUGCCUGGGAGCGUCAGUGCAGUCUCCGUGACCAAAACAACAGCACCAGGGAUCCCUGAGAGCCCCGAGACACCUCAGCACAGGCCCACGGCAGCCACACAAACACCAGCAGCCCCGGGCACCCGGAGGAGCCCCCGGCCAACAGCAUCAGCAGCAUCCCUGCCGGGCAGCGUGACUGCUCAGAGCCUCACCGUGGCCCUGCCAGCCACACCGGGCACACAGAGGAACACACAGCUGGCCACGUCACCAGCUGCCAGUCCUGCCCAGACCCCCACCAUGGGGCUCCACACCUCACCACGGCUGGACGAGCCCCCUGGUGCCCCGAGAGCCCGAGCUGCUGCAGUCAGUGCCACACCAGGGCCAGCACCUGCACAGCACAUGGGAGCCGCUGCCACGGCAGGAGAGAAAGCCGACCUGAAAACGGGGGAGGGAGCUGUCCGGGAGCAGCAGGCAGCACAGCCCACGGUCCCAGCAGCAGCCGUGCCAAGCGCUCCUGCUGCAGUCACUGUCCCCAGCAGCCCGCAUCCCUCCCCUCUGCCAGCCGUGCCCGCAGCCACCCCGGGAGCCUCCCCACACCCGCGGGGACACGGCCGGCUCCAGCCCAGGCCACCUCCCAAGGGCACAGGGAACACACUGCACUCGCCACAAACCCCGUGGGCAAGGGACAAGGACAGCUCUGUCAGUGCCUGGUCUGAAAGGCAACAGGACCGAGACACCACCACCAUCCCCAAUCCCAUCACCUUAGGUUCUGCAAGCAGAAACCGUUUUUCCAAGCCCAGAAUAGUCGGAGGGAAUUUUGCUUCUUUCACUGUGCUGGCGAAUUCUGAUGUUUUUAUUCCUUGUGAAGCUACUGGGAACCCCCCUCCAACAAUACAGUGGACCAAGAUACCAUCAGGUUUGGAUUGCAAAGCCCCAUCUGCUUUAUCCAGACUUUCCGUGCUGCCCAACGGGACUCUGUCCAUCGCCCGUGCGGGCCCGCAGCACUCCGGCCGCUACCUGUGCACGGCGGCCAAUGCUCACGGCAGCGCCCGGCUGCUCGCCACGCUGGCCGUGCUGGGCUCCCCGGCCCGCAUCGCCGGCCGCCAGCGGCUGCUGACCGCGCACUCCGGGAGCUCCGCCGUGCUGCCGUGCCCGGCCCGGGGCAGCCCCGCUCCCAGCAUCUCCUGGCUCCUGGCGAACGGAACCCGCCUGUCGCGCUCCUCCGCGGGCACCGGCCGGGCUCGAGUGCAGCCGGACGGAGCCCUGCUCAUCCGGGCCGUCACCGUGUACGACCGGGGUCUCUACUCGUGCCUCGCCGAGAACCCCGCGGGCACCGACACGCUCCUGCUGAGGCUGCAGGUCGUUGCAGCCCCUCCCGCCAUCCUGGAGGAGAGGAGACAAAGCGUGGCAGGAGCGGCGGGGGAAAGCCUGGAGCUGCCUUGCACGGUGCGGGGGAAGCCGCAGCCCGCCGUGCACUGGGUGCUCCCCGAGGGCUCGGUGCUGAAGCCGGGGCAGCUGGGGCACCCCAGGCUGUUCCUGUUCUCCAACGGCACCCUCCGCCUGGGCAGCACGGCCCCCUCCGACAGCGGCACCUACGAGUGCAUAGCCACCAGCUCCACGGGCUCGGACAGGAGGGUGGUCAGCCUCGUGGUGGAGCGCAGAGAGACCCGUCCAAAAAUUGCCAUCGCCUCGCAACAACUGACGCGGCUGAAUUUUGGGGAGAGGUUGCUUCUGAACUGUACAGCAAGUGGGGAGCCCAAGCCCAGGAUAAUCUGGAGGUUGCCCUCCAAGGCUGUUGUGGACCAGUGGCACAGAAUGGGAAGUCGGAUCCAUGUCUACCCCAAUGGAUCCUUGGCUGUUGAGGCAGUUACGGAAAAGGAUGCAGGUGAUUAUCUGUGCGUUGCAAGAAACAGAAUUGGGGAUGAUCUGAUACUGAUGAAAGUCAGCAUCACAAUGAAACCAGCCAAGAUUGACCACAACCAGCAGUUCAAGAAACUGGUGCCAUAUGGGAAGGAUUUCAGAGUGGACUGCAAGGCCUCAGGGUCGCCAGCACCAGAGAUCUCCUGGGGCCUGCCAGACGGGACGGUGGUGAACAACGCGAUGCUGGCGGAUGACAGCGGGCACAGGGCUCGCAGGUACGUCCUCUUCGACAAUGGGACUCUGUACCUCAACAAAGCUGGAGUGGCAGAGGGAGGAGAUUACACGUGCUACGCCCAAAACUCUCUGGGGAGGGAUGAGAUGAAGGUCCGCGUCACGGUCAUUGUGGCAGCCCCUCAAAUAAAGCACAAUUACAAGACACGCAUCGCAGUGACAGCUGGAGACACAGCCCUGCUGGACUGUGAAGCUGCUGGGGAGCCCAGGGCACAGAUAUUCUGGUUGCUGCCCUCCAGCGAGACGAUCUCCUUGUCCACGGACAGGCACUCCCUGCACGCCAACGGCUCGCUCUCCAUCAGCCCCACCAGCCUGCUGGACGCUGGGGAGUACGUGUGUGUGGCUCGGAACCCUGGCGGGGAUGACACCAAGCUGUAUAAGCUGGAUGUGGCUGCUAAACCCCCCACCAUAAAUGGUUUAUACGGGAACAAAACAAUCAUGAAGGUGACGGCAGUGAGGCACUCCAAGAAGCACAUUGACUGCCGGGCAGAAGGGACACCUCCUCCUCAGAUUAUGUGGAUCAUGCCUGAUAACAUUUUCCUAACAGCCCCGUAUUACGGGAGCAGGAUUGUGGUGCACAAAAACGGGACACUUGAGAUUCGGAACAUCCGGCCCUCAGACACAGCCGAUUUUAUCUGUGUGGCACGUAACGACGGGGGAGAGACCGUGCUGGUGGUGCAGCUGGAAGUCACAGAAAUGCUACGGAGACCAAUGUUCAAAAACCCUUUCAAUGAAAAAAUAAUAGUAAAACCUGGGGAAACUAUCACACUGAACUGUUCUGUGGAUGGAAACCCGCCCCCUGAUGUAAGCUGGAUGUUGCCCAAUGACACGAGGUUUUCCAGCAGCAUCAGGACAUCCCAGUUUUUCACGGGGAGCAACGGGACCCUGACCAUCUACAAUCCCGAGAGACACCAUGCCGGGCGCUACCGCUGUGCUGCCCGGAACCAGGUUGGCUACAUAGAAAAGCUGAUGGUCCUGGAGGUUGCCCAGAAGCCCAGUAUCCUCAGCCGCCCCGCAGGGCUGGUGAGGGCUGUUGGCGGGGAGCCCUUGUGGCUCCACUGCCUGGCCGAGGGGAGCCCCAAGCCCAGGACGGCGUGGACGCUGCCGGGGGGCCGUGUGCUGGAGCGGCCGCAGGCCAGCGGGAGGUACCUGCUGCUGGAGAACGGCACCUUGCUCCUGCGGGCAGCCUCGGCCCUCGACGCGGGCACUUAUGUGUGCAGGGCCCACAACGACGCCGGAGACUCGUCCCUCGCCGUCCCCGUGGUGGUGGCAGCCUACGCCCCCCGCAUCGUGGGCAGACCCCCACCAGCCAUCCACACCGUGCCAGGGGCAGCAGUGCAGCUCCGCUGCGUCGUGCUGGGGAUCCCAAAGCCAGAAGUUUCCUGGGAGUUACCCGACCGCUCCGUACUCUCCACAGCUCGGCAGGGCCGGGGCUCUGGGGGCGAGCUGCUUCACCCCACGGGGACCCUGCUCCUGCAGAGCCCCCGGCCCUCCCAUUCCGGCACCUACAAGUGCACGGCCAGGAACGCCCUGGGCACCGCCACUGCCGUCACCCACCUGCACGUGCUGUGA